CCAUCUCGUUUCUCCCAGUGCGGCAAAUGGGAAGACACGAGACCAUGGCAGCUCAAACAUCCACAUGACGCUUCAAUAUAUCGACUUUGAUUUGGUGUAGACUGUAUAAUGUCACGUGUGACAGUAUUAUCACACCGUCAUCAGGUUAAUGUGAGGUGGUUGGAAGUUAAAUCUAACCAAAACACCCCUGAAGAGAGCGGAUAUUCCCCACAUCGUGGAGUUCUUUUUACGGUUGACCGGCAGUGUAUCUGCCAGUGAGCGCUUCCGCAUUGACAGUCGUCGAGUUGUGAUUGCUGGAGAAUGAAUAACGUAAAAUGUAGCAUAUUAGAUCAAUUACCAAGGAGGCGAACUCGGAUUAUACAAUGUGUCUACGUGGUAGGUUUCAUGGACCUGUUUGGGGUGAGCAUGAUCAUCCCCCUGUUGAGUCACCAUGUCAAAGACCUGGGGGCGAGUCCCACCGUGGCUGGCUUAGUAGGCUCCACAUAUGGGAUCCUACAACUCUUUUCUAGCACUAUAGUUGGCAGCUGGAGUGACGUGGUGGGGAGGCGGUACUCCCUGCUGACAUGCCUGCUGCUGAGUGCUCUCGGCUAUGGCCUGCUGGGGAUGUCCACCAGCAUCACCCUGUUUGUCCUGGCCCGGAUCCCUGUGGGGCUGUUCAAACACUCCCUCUCAAUUUGUCGGGCCCUGCUGUCAGACCUGGUGUCUGAGGCAGAGCGCCCCCUGGUGAUGGGACACUUCAACGCAGCCUCCAGCGUGGGCUUCAUCCUGGGGCCUGUGGUCGGAGGGUAUCUCACGGAGCACGAGGGGGGCUUCUACACCUCCUCUUUUACCUGCUCUGCCAUCUUCCUCGUCAAUGCAGGUUUCGGCCCAGGGCUGGUCUGGAUGCUUCCCUGGAGCGAAGCGCUGACACCACCCACUGACGCUAACUCCAACAGCAGCAUCAGCAAAGCCAGCUGCCACAGCAACCACAUCGCCGUGACGGAACAAAACUGUUACCACCGCAACGUCAACAACCACACAACAGGGCCGGUCAAAGCAGCCAAAGGACCGGCGGCUCCUGGGAAGAACCGGCAGAGCUGGAGCUGGGACCAGGACUGGGGGCAGGUGUCCCUGUUCCAGCCUGCCUGGCGCCAGCUCUCCUCCGUGGGCGCCAAGAUCCGCACGGUGGCGUCCUCGGACAUGUGGGACCUCUUCCUGAUGCGUCUGUUCAUGGCCGUCUCCAUCAUGCUGUACUACAGCAACUUCUCCCUGGCCAUGGAGGAGCGCUUCCUGCUGAAACCCAAGACCACGGGCUACCUCAUCAGCUACAGCUCCACCCUGGGCGCGCUGGCCGGCUUCCUGGUUGGGCCCGUCACCAGGCUGUACCGGAACGACAUGGCGUCGCUGCUGCUCCACUCCACGGUGCUCACGUGCGGCCUGAUCCUGCUGUACGCUGCCGCGCCCACCGUCUGGCACGUGGUGCUCAGCUCCACCUUCAUCGCCAUCUCCACCACCAUCGGGCGCACCUGCAUCACUGACCUGGAGCUGCAGAGGGGCGGAGCUCGUGCCAGCGGGACCCUGAUCGGGGCGGGGCAGUCGGUGACGGCGGUGGGGCGGGUCCUCGCCCCUUUGCUCUCCGGUUUGGCCCAGGAGUUUAGUCCCUGCGGGCCGCCGAGUCUGGGGGUGGGGCUGGCAAUGGCGGCUGUCGCCCUGCUAACGGUGAGGAUGCCGAAAUGGGACAGUAGAGGUAAGGGGGAAAAGGCGUGACUCUGAGAGAACUGCUGUUAAACCAGCACAAGCAGGAAGUGAUGUCAUACCUGCAGACAGCCCUGCAGAGCUGUUGUGGGGUGUUGGUUGGUUUUUUGGUUUCAUAGCUGUCGUUUCGGUUGGUUUGGUGUCAGAGUGAUGAACUCACAGGUUCUGGAAAAGCCGGGUCGUUAGCAUCGCUGCUCCCCAAAAUGGGGCAAACUCGACAUGUCCACGGCACAUUGUGUUAUAUUCUAAUAUUUAUGUCUCGUGUGAGACAAUAGAUAACGGUAAUACGAAAUGGGCCUCUGAUGUCGUCCUGCUCUUUCGAACCACUACAAACAGUCCAGAAAAUCCUUGGUUUCUGUGUACUGAAAAUGCACCAAACUCCUCUUUUUCUGGCCUACUGUGUAGAUGUGGUAAAGAGGUCAAUGGAUCUUGACCAAAACAAUUUAAAUGUUUUAGAAAUGCAUGGCGGAGAGAUUGCCGAUCUUCAAAAGAAAAUACAUAAAAGUAUAAUGAUGGUAUGUCAACCUAAAUGUGUUCAUGUCAUAGUGAUCAAUCAGCUGUAUUACAGCUAGAAAUGACUUUUACCUCAGCUACAGAUUUCUGUAAGAGGUAACCUUAUAGUGGUCCCUUCUCCGAACAUUAACGUUGUCAGAUCUGAUGUUUUGAGUGUGUGCUAAUGAUGGCCACCUUCCUAUAUAUUCUCCCUUCAAAUGACUGUUUUACUGGGUCCAUCUUGAGGCCACAGGGUGGAGGGCUUGUCUGCUGCUCAGGUGAUUCAUCUGGGUCACUUCCUUACUCCUCAGAGCGUGUACCUACUGUAAUAAUGUCAAAUCAUUUAAAUGGUGUAAAGAUUAUUGAUGUUUUUAAGUCCUUGAAUCAAAAAUGCUGAAGGACCCAAACUUGAGUCUUCAGACAGGGCACUGAGAAAUCCUCAUUUUGGUAGGGGUUUGUCUUUAGACAGGGAACGGGGAGAAUGGAGGACCAUUGUCUUGCUUCUGUGACCCAGAAACAGCUAAGAGGCUGUGUGGUUAAGGAAAAUGUCUGUGUGUUGAGAGGUGAAAGGAUUAGUGUUCUCCACUCCUCAAUGACCACCUUUCUUCCUGGAUGGUCAUGUGGCUCCUCCCAGAUUCUUUAUCUGCCACACUGAGCUACAGUUUAUGCAGCAGAUAAAAAUAAAGGUAUAAUACAAAUGUAAUGAUCAAUAAAAGAUAACAGAUCCAUCCAGGUAAAUAUACCAAACAUCUAACAUGUUUACUUUUAUAAAACAUAUAUACUGUACAUAUAAUUUCUAUUUGAACAAACUCAUGUUCAUCAAAUAAAACAUUUUGAUAAGAAAUCAUUUUUAAUGUUUUGCCCUUAUAAUUACAGAAAUCCUACUGAAUGUGAUGAAGACAAUAAUUGGUCUGAAUGAUUCAUAUGGAGAAAGAUCUGCCCAUUUGAAAAUAAAAUGUUUCUAUUGAUUUGUGUCCUAUAA